UCUCCCUAUGCAGUAUGGAAAAGUAUGAAAAAGAAUGGAAUUUGAUUUAGUUUUUUCCCCAAAUAUGCAUAAGCAUGGAAAAAGUAAGUUGUUUUAAAAUAUUUCAGUGUUUCCAGGCCACUCUGACAAACACAAAUUAACAUCAUUAAACUGUACAAUAGAUGGGCACAACGUACUGAAUACAUUGAACUGAUAUGUCUAGUUACAUACUGUAAGUUAGUGUAGUUUACAGUGGGAGAGUUGUUUAGUUAACACUUGCGUGCUUGGAGGAACCAUGGAGAUAUUUCUAACUUCAAAACCUUUGAUGAUGUGUAUCUGGAAUACAGUUUUACUCCCUUAUUAUCAGUAGAAAGGUGUGGUUGGUGCAUGUACCCUGGUGUCAAUAUUUGCAUUCGUGUGGGAGGAAUCGGGACAAAUAUUCUGUAUAUUGCCCAAUUUUCUCAUAUUGAAAAAUAAAACGCUAAAGCAGAAUUUAAGAUUGGCUUAACUGUUCUCCUGUAGCUCAGCAGAUAGAGCAUUGCGCUAACAAGCAAGAUUUUGGGGGUUCAAAUUCCAUGAACCACACAUGAACUGUACCUUUUUCCUCUAUUGUAAGCCUUUUUGGAUAAAAUCAUCAGUUAAAUAUAAAUGACUGUUCUGUGGCCCCUCCAGACCUCUGUAUAUGGUAUUAAUGACCCCCCUAUGGCUGAUAUUUUUGUCCUGAUAGAAAAAAAUCUACUUGGACUAGUUGGUAUAUUUAAUAUGCAUGUGAGGUGCCCGUCUAAGAGUUCAGUAGCUUAUCCACUGCUCUGGGGAAAAAGCUGUUUUGUAAAUGAUUUGUCCAGGUCUUGACCCUGAACCUGCCUGAGGUGAGGAUGGUAAACAGCUGGUGCCCAGGGUAUGAGGGAUCUCUACUGAUGUUUCUUGCGCAUCUGAGGAGAUGAUUAGAAUGAGUGUCCUUCAUGUGAUAAUCCACUGAGCAGCCUUUACUGGCUACUGGAGAUUCUUCUUUUCCUCUUCAGUGCAGCUCGAAUACCACACUGUGCAGCCAUACAUCAGGGCCCUCUUAAUUGGCCAGUGAUAAAAGUUUUUCUGGAGUUCUUGGGGGAGGGGGACCACGUGACGCUCAGUGGUGCAUGGCGCGUUUCAGUCUCGCUCCCCGAGUCCUACCACCGGUUUCCCGUUUUUUUGAAUGUCAAUCAGGCACUUUUAUUUUGGUUUACUUUGCUGAACUCAUCCGCAUAACUUUACUGCUAUUAUGGAUCACUCUGGGCGCAGAACACCUCCUCAAUCUUCGACCGCCAGUCCGGCAAAGAAAGCACAGAAAAAUUGGCGUGCUGGCAACAUGGCGGACAGCGCUGGUGCGCUGAGUUCGGAUGUUUGCGGGCUAAAAGAGUUUGUUAAGAAGCAGAUCGAGUCUCUCCAUGCGAACCUGGCGUCCUCCUUCCAGAGGAAUUUUACCAAACUGAGGGCUGAUGUCGGCGAUCUGAAGGUGGAGCAGCAAAAGCUCGGUAAAUCUUUUGAGUUGUUUCAAGGCCAAGUCCAGAAACACGAAAUUGAACUGGGGUCGCUUCGCAGCGAAGUUGGCCUCCUUUGUAAUAAGCUUGCUGAGCAAGAGGAUAGGGAGCGGAGAAAUAAUAUCAGGAUCGUCGGGGUUCCGGAAGACGUGGAGAAGGGCAACUUACUGCGGUUUUUGGAUCUUCAAUGGCCGAACUGGUUUCCCGGUGUUGCCAACUUCAGUCAUGAAGUGAUGAGGGCUCAUCGUGUGUCUGCCGGCAGUGGCAAUGGUUUGCGCCCGCGCCCCAUUGUUCUGAAUCUUCUAUGCUACACCAAGCGGCAGAUUAUACUGCAGGUGGCUCUGAGAUCGCCGGUUCGUUUCGAGAGACGGAAAAUCCUCUUUUUCGCAGUUUACAGUGCCCAGACGGCCCGAACUCGCAAGGCUAUGUCCCCCGUUCUGAAGAAGGCUUGGGAAGCUGGUGUUCCUGCUUUUCUGUUGUAAGGUUCGCCUUUCUUUUGCGGGUAACCAGCGUUUUUUUACCGACCCGGAAGAAGCUAUUCAGGUAGUCGGCGCUUUUACCUCCACCGGGACCUGGCCAAUUUAAUGUGUUUAUUCGGUCUGUUUUAUUGUUUGCAUGUUAUUAUAUUGCGGUCACACUGUGCGUGUGGAGUAUAUAAAUCGGGUGCUUUUCUGUUAACGAUUUUGUGUCUGUUCUAUAGUAGGUUUUGCUUUGUAGGCGGCGGGCUUGAGUACACGCAUGCCUUAUCCCCUACAUGUCACGCGCUGGUUUUUGACCAUGCGCUGUUCUGCGGAGACGGAGGGGAUGAGGGGGAGGGGGGUAUUAGUGCGGUUGUUUUGCCUUAGGGUUCGCGCCCUUUGGCUCAUUGGGUGAUGGUAUUCUGUCUUAUGGGGUGUUAGGGGUUUGUAUUACCGAAGCUUAUUUGUUUAUGGGUUGUCUGUUUUCACUAAUUCCUUCUCUAAAGAUGUGCUACUCUAUUGGCAUCUCCCUCCUUGUCUUUCUCUCUCCUAUAUUGUGCUGUGGAUCUACGUCUUUUAUAGCUGCUGAUGGCUAACUUAGUUAUGGCUACCUGGAACGUGAGGACGCUUUCGACCCCUCAGAAGCGCUCUAGUGUCACAGACCUUUUGUUUAGGAAUAGGGUGGACUUUGCUUUUUUGCAGGAGACACAUUUGGAGUCUAAGGACGUGCGGCGUGCCGCUUCCAGGCAUUACGCUGUGGUGGCUGCCUCUUCCGCGUCUUCCCGCCGGAGUGGUGUCAUGAUACUCAUCCGCCGUUCAUUUAAAGUUAAGAUCCUGGGCAGUGGGGGUGAUGAUGGUGGCAGGUAUUGUUAUGUGUUGUUUGAGCUGGCUGGGAGAAAACUGGCCUGCUUUUCACUUUACGCACCUAUAUAACGAGUAAAAUUAUGUCCUUUUCUGACCACAAAUUGAUAAUCAGUAUGGAUGCUAAUGCGUUUCUUGACCCUGUUUUAGAUAAAUCACCUCCUCUGGUUGGCCGGCGUGCUCCCACAUCAUCUCGUGCCUUGUCUAAUCUCGUAGCUGAUCUUAAUUUACUGGACUCAUUUCGCCUUCUUAACCCCUCUGCUUGGGAUUUUUCUUUCUUUUCCUCCUGCCACAAGACACUGUCUAGAAUUGAUUACCUUUUUAUAUCUAAAUCUUUAGCGUCUUUCUGUCUCAACCCCUCUAUGGCAUCUUCCUCACUAUCUGACCACAGGUGCGUUCAACUUAGGUUUUACCUGCCAUCUGUAGUAUCGAAGGCUCCUCGCUGGCGGUUUAACCUUUCCCUUUUGCAGAACACUACAUUUGUGCAGCGGUUGGCGGUGAACCUAGAAGAGUUUAUAUCAUGGAAUGAAGAGUCUGUGCAGGACCCUGGCUAUGUCUGGAUGGCUAUAAAAGGAUGGACGUGCCGUGAUGACUGUCAGUACCAGUGUAUGUGGACCACCGUGGGCUUGUACCAAGCUGAAGGGUACAGCAUACCGCAAUUCCAUGGCAAGUGGCCCUUUGUGCGGUUCCUGUGCUUCGAGGAGCCAGCCUCGGCCCUGGCAUCGCUGCUCAAUGGCUUGGCUUGCCUCCUGAUGCUGCUGCGCUACCGCCGGGCAGUGCCCCGCCAGAGCCCCAUGUACCACACCAUCAACGCCUUCUCCCUGGUUUCUCUCAAUGCCUGGUUCUGGUCCACAGUGUUCCACACACGGGACACGUAUCUCACAGAGAAGAUGGACUACUUCUGCGCGUCAGCUGUCAUCCUCUACUCCAUUUACCUGUGUUGUGUCAGGACCCUAGGGUUGCGCAGGCCAGGAGUUUCCAGUAUUGUGGGAGUGCUGCUAAUCUUGGUCUUCACCUCGCACGUCUCCUAUCUCACCUUUGUUAGCUUUGAUUACGGUUACAACAUGGCCGCCAAUGCCACCAUCGGCAUGAUCAACUUGCUUUGGUGGCUCUGCUGGUGCUGGCAGAACCGGCACACACUGCCCUACUGGUGGAAGUGCGGUCUGGUGGUGCUGCUGCUGCACGGCCUGGCCCUACUGGAACUGCUGGACUUCCCCCCCCUGCUCUGGGUGCUGGACGCCCACGCUGUCUGGCACCUCAGCACCGUGCCCGUCCACUUCCUCUUCUACAGUUUCUUAAUAGACGAUAGCCUGCACCUGCUCAACACGGAGAAGGCGGGGGUCAAGCUGGACUAGGAGGAGCGGGGCACCCACUAAAAUGAGGCGUGAUUCAGCCUCCAUCAGAAACUCCACUGGUUCUUUGCUGUGUGAUGAAGCUUUUGGAUGUAGGUUUUUGCUGGGGAAAUGGUCCAUUUUCUUAUUAUUAUUAAUUUAUUCAUAAUUAUGUUUUGCAUUCACUGAUGGAUCAUCACUGUUUGUAAGGAAUAGGUCCAGUUCGACAUGAUAGUUCAAGUGCUUUACCAUAGGCAUAAUUCAGUGUCCCAACCCAAAUGGCAUGCCUGAACCAUAUAGCCUGGCUCUUUCUGUGUGUUUUAGGAAGGGUGGAGCGCUGGACUCUGACAAUAUAUACUUUGGUUCUGCUGCCAUCUAGAGUUUCAAAUGAAAACAUUUACUGAAUCUUAAGAUUAGAUGUUUUAAUAUUUCACAGUACCAGUAUGUUGCUGUGGUGAUUUGUCAGUGAAGUAAACAUCGAAUGCACAUGGAUUUGAAGGGAAACACAAAAUUGGGCUUUUCAAUGGGUGCUGUGAACAAUAGUUGCUGAAAAAUGGCCUUUUUUGUUUGAGCUGCAGUGCUGAAAUUAGCCAAUUGGUGGCACCUUUGCUCCACUCACAAGGAACUUCAUCCACUAUACUUGAUGCUUUGUGCCAAACAAGAGAAUAAUGUAUCAGGUGCCUUUGAAGUUUGCUGAGGUUAUAGUGUUCACCGGAGUUUCUAUUGGUCUUAACCCCCCCCUCCCCCCCCAUAUCAAUAUUUUACUGCUGCUUUAUAUUUACGAUGGUAUCAGUUCUCAACUUUAUUUUAUUAUGCUGAUUGAUUUUGUGUAUCCAAAAAGAGGUGGCUUUGCCAAUGAAUCAUAUUCUUGUUUACUUGGACUGCUUUCAUGUUUGUAAGGUAAGCAGACAGAUAGUCAAAUAACAGUUUGAAGUGGUAAAAUAAGGGGAGGUGAAGAGGACCAUUGGAAGGAAAAUGGAAAGGAAUAAGGCACUGUGGUAUACUCCAUGGAGCAUGGGAGUUUCUUAGUGUAGAUACUCUGUAUAUACCCUGUGUGUGUCUCAGGUUGAGGGUAAUGGGCAAAAAUCUGGGUCCAUGUCUCUCUAUUUUGUCUUGACACAUGACGACAUUACAUUGUUCAGUAGUUUCAUUUUUUUCUUGCACCCUGUGAUGGGUUGGCGCCCUGUCCUGGGUUAUUCCCUGCCUUGCGCCUGUAGCUUCCGGUAUAGACUUCGACCCCGUGCUCCUGCAGAAGACAAGCGGGUACAGAAAAUGAAUGGAUGGAUUUUCUCAUGUACAGCUUUCAAGCUUACAUGUUCUGGAAAGUGGUUCAUUUGUGCUUGUGCUUUUGUCCAGCUGGAGAUAGUGGAGGUAUGACUCUCUUUUGGCCAGAUGUUAAUGUUUCUUUUUUUAUAUUGUUAUUAAGCAUCAUUCUUUUUUCUUGGUGUAAUUUUAUAAAGGAAAAAAAAGUUAAAAGGUGUGUGUAUAUUAUAAAUGUCAAACAGACAGCUCCAGCUAACUGCUGGUGUGUGCUUCCAUGAUUUGCUUUAGUCUUCUGUCAUGAGCAUUGUUUGUCACUUAUUUGUGUACGGGAGUGUGCAUGUGUGUGUUUGCGUGCACGUGUGUAUGUCCUUGAGUUUGAGUGUGGAUUUGGAGCAAUGAGCUUCAUGAGUUUGAAAACCAAGUACAUCAGUUGAUUGACCCUCAAUUCACUUCAUGAUCUUUCAUACUUGAAGAGCAGAAGACCAUCCCUCAUACUGUGAAGCUUUGAUAGAGGCUAAAGCGAGUCCCGGCCUGCUCUGUUACCUACAAUUGUGAAUAUAAACAAGCUGUCAAACAGUAAUUCUUACAGGUUUAGGUACAUUGUCACAGUUAUUAUGAUGUCAUUUUUUGCCUCUUACCACUGAUGAAAUUAAAGAACAUCAGCUAAAGGAUUUGUCUCUGGUACCACAGUUUGGGAAUUCUGGGGAUCUCCAGCCCCUCUACUCCUCUUUUACAGUUGGCCAGCAUGACCAGACUCCUUUGGUUCAGUGCUGCACCCUGACUCUUACAUUGUGUGCUGUAUUUCAUCUCACAGAAAGCAUUUUCCCCCUAUCUGGCACCACAUGGUUGUGAAUCAAACUUAAAAAAAAAUCAAUAAAGUGUCUUGUUAUUACA